AUGGGAGAUGUACCAGAAUAUGAAACAAGUUCCGAAAGUGAAAGUGAAGAGGCGAUCACGAAGAGAAGGAAGAAAAUAGGUAAGAAAUGGCAAAUGGAGAAAAUGUUCGAAAAUAAAGCUUCUGCAGUGGCUGCAGUUCAAAAGGAGCACGUGUGGAGUUUUACUUAUAAAAACGUCGACACAUUAGGAAAUAUAAGUGAAAUUUUUCGAUGUAACAAAGUUAAAAAAAGAGGAGAGCAAUGCGCUGCAGGUGUGUACCUACAUUAUCCCUCCAUUACAAGUGAGGUACAUUUAUACCGAUCUCAACUGGCUCACAUAUGUAAUGUAAUUGUUACAAGAGUCAAAAGUAAAAUGUCCAAUGAGGUAAAAAAGGAAAUCAAGUCUCUAUUUAAUUUCGAUUCAAAAAUAAAACCAAAAAAGAUUCUUGAUAUUUUAAUGAAAAAACAAAUUACUUUACCAAGUAAGACUGAGUUUAAUAAUUAUUUGUCUUCAUUAAGAAAAAUAAAAUAUGGAUCCAAUGUUAUGAGUCUUGGUGAAUUUGAAAACUUUUGUUUACAAAAUUCCAAAGUUCCUGAUGAUGUGGAUGCGGCGUUUGUUGUUUCCUACUAA